AGUAUCAUUGAGACAUACCUUCGAUCAAUACCUAAUAGAAAAAACGAAUUAGUGAGAACUUGAGUUCUACAAUUGCGAAAAUGAGGAUCAAACACUUAUUAGCCAGUGUGACUGUUUUAGUGGUUUUAACCGCUCAUGGAGCAUCUGCUACCUACAAUGUAAGCGAAUAUUGCCAACUUGUAACACCAGGCACCAAAUUGCCCAGUCUCGAUUCGUGUCAAACCUACUACACAUGCCAAUCUGGUGGCGGUUACAUUCCCAGCGCCUGCUCAGGCACGGAAAACUUCGACAAAAACAGCCAAAGCUGCAAGGCCUCAUCCAACAGCGUAUGUAACAUUGGCCUGGACAAUCCCUGUUCCAAUGUGAAAACUGAAGGUUGGGUAACAAAUCCUAACGAUUGCACCGGAUGGAUCUACUGCAAGAAUGGUGCUACUGCUGGUAGCGGUCCCUGUCCCAACGAUCAAAUGUUCAGCUACUCCAAACAACAAUGUAUCUAUGGCAAAUGCACCAACAACAAUCAGGGUGGUGAUGUUCAGAUUGAAAACCUAUGCGAGAUUAUGCCAAACUAUGUAUACUUUGGCGAUUUCGAAGAUUGCUCCGCCUGGCACACUUGCACGCCCGAAUUGCAGAACGGCAAUUGCAAAAUUGGUUUGGUAUACAACACUAUGAGGGGCAUGUGCCUUAUUGACGAUGGAAACAUGUGCAAUCGCAUUGUUAACCCAGAUGGUCCACCCACUACCCCAUGUACUUCCACCAACUCUGGUAAAAGCGUUGGUGAUACCAUGAUCUGCUCCGUGUAUUACGUCUGUAAUGGCACUACAUGGGUUAGGAAUUCUUGUUCUACUAUUGGCCAAUAUUAUGAUGCUCCCAGUGGCACCUGUAUGAAUCGCCAAUUUGCUAUACCUGAGGGUCCAUGUAACCGUUGCCAAUAUGCCGGCGGUAAAUGGGUGAAUGCUGUAGAUUCCGAUUGCCAAGAAUACCUUACCUGUAACUCGGACGGAGGCGUUGCUGCUACAGGCUCUUGCACCACCGGCCAAUUCUUCAAUGAAGCGCGACAGGCUUGUCUUUCCAUCACCACUAAUGACUUACCCAGCUACAAGAUGAACAAUGGUGCUUGCGGCAAAGCUUCCUGCACCACCACUACUCCUGGUGAUGAUGGAACAACAGAGUCUGAUACUACUUGCGCUGAUGAUGAUGAAGAUUGCGUGGAAACCACCGAAGGCGAUGGCGAAGGCGAUGGCGAAGGCGAUGGCGAUGGCGAUGGCGAUGGCGAUGGCGAUGGCGAUGGCGAUGGCGAUGGCGAUGGCGAUGGCGAUGGCGAAGGCGAUGGCGAUGGCGAUGGCGAUGGCGAUGGCGAUGGCGAUGGAGAUGGAGAUGAAUGAAUCUUCUGAAACCGCACCCAUCGGUAAUAAGUAAUAAAAUUAAAAAGUAUUCUCACCUCUUUGGGAGAUUAAUUAAAAAGUAUCAUUUAAUAAAAAAAAAAACAUUAAAUAAAUAUUUGUACAAUGUUUCUGCAUUAACAAAAAAUCACAUUUUAAAUUUCCGAAUCCAAAUCAUCCUAUUAUCAAUAAAAAUCGAAAAAACACAGUA